AUGGUUCAUUCAGCCUUGCCCCCAGAAUCUUCUGUUCAUUGUCAACAGCAACAAAGAAUGGAUGGAUCUCUGAAGCCCGUGUCCUUUGAAGAUGUGGCUAUCGACUUCAGCUGGGAGGAGUGGCAGGACCUGGACAUUGCUCAGAGGACCUUGUAUAGGGAUGUAAUGCUGGAGACCUACAGCAACUUGGUGUCCUUGGGGCACUGUGUUUCUAAACCCAAGUUGAUUAUCAAGCUGGAGGAAGGUAUAGAAACAUGGAUGGGAGAAGCCUCAGGCAAGAAUUUCCAAGAUGUCCAAGGAAUGGAUGACAUACUUAAGACUUGCCAGGAAAUUCCCGAUCAAUGGCUGCGA